AUGGCGGCGCCGGGGACGCUGAAUCUGGAGGGGACGCACACGUGGGGGUCGCGGAGCAUCGACGAGUUCGAGAAGCUGGAGCAGAUCGGCGAGGGCACCUACGGGCAGGUGUACAUGGCGCGGGAGAAGAACACGGGCGAGAUAGUGGCGCUGAAGAAAGUGCGCAUGGACAACGAGAAGGAGGGGUUCCCCAUCACAGCCAUUCGCGAGAUCAAGAUAUUGAAGAAGCUCAAGCACGAGAACAUUGUCAACCUCAAGGAGAUCGUCACCUCCAAAGCGGAGGAGAGCAACAAGUACAAGGGCAGCAUCUACAUGGUGUUUGAGUACAUGGACCAUGACCUCACCGGCCUCUCCGAUCGCCCUGCCAUGCGCUUCUCCGUGCCCCAGAUCAAGUGCUACAUGAAGCAGCUGCUCACUGGGCUGCACUUCUGCCACAUCAACUCCGUUCUUCACCGCGACAUCAAAGGCUCCAACCUGCUCAUCAACAACAAGGGCGUGCUCAAGCUCGCUGACUUUGGCCUCGCGCGCUCCUUCAACAGCGAGGCCAGCGGCCAGCUCACCAACCGCGUCAUCACCCUCUGGUACCGACCGCCUGAGUUGCUGAUGGGUGCAGUGCGGUACGGGCCGGCAGUGGACAUGUGGUCAGUGGGGUGCAUAUUCGCAGAGCUGCUGAUCGGCAAGCCCAUCCUGCCGGGCAAGAGCGAGAUAGAGCAGCUGGGGCUCAUCUUCCAGCUGUGCGGCACACCGGACGAGAGCAACUGGGCGGGGUGCUCGAAGCUGCCGUACAUGCAGCAGCACAAGAGCGACCGCGUGCUCAAGCGCCGCGUGCGAGACAUCUUCAGAAAUGUGGACAAGCAUGCGCUGGACCUGCUGGACAAGAUGCUCACACUCGACCCCAACAAGCCAAGGACGCCCUGGAUGCGGAGUACUUCUGGGUCGACCCUCUUCCCUGCGACCCGGGCAGGUAGCCUGCCGUGCUAUCCACCAACGCCUCUUCCUUUCCCUCCCCCUCCGUCUCAACGCCCCCUGCCAUACACUUACACCCUGCCAUACCCUGCUACCCUGCCAUACCCUGCUACCCUGCCAUACCCUGCUACCCUGCCAUACCCUGCUACCCUGCCAUACCCUGCUAUCCUGCCAUACCCUGCUAUCCUGCCAUACCCGUACACACCCAGCCUGCCUCAGUACGUGUCAUCUGCCAAGUCCCAGCCCAACACCCCUCCGCCCACUCUCCCCCUCCUUUCCCGCUCCCAACCCUCCUCGCCUCCCCCUUUCCCCUGCCAUGCCCUUGACAGCCUGCCGCAGUACGAGUCUUCUCACGAGUUUCAGACCAAGAAAAGACGGCAGCAGCAGCGGCAGCAGGCAGAGGAGAUGGCGAAGCGGCAGCGCGCAGGGGGGGGAGGAGGAGGGGGAGGGCCAGGGGGAAGCGGGCUCCCCCCCCACCCCCAUGGGCGCCAAUCCUCCUCUCUGCUUCCGCCCAGGGGGGCAGCAGGGGGAGGGGGCGCAGGAGGGGGCGGGUAUAUGCGGGGGGCAGCUGGGGGGAGAAUGCCGCAAGGGGGAGGGGGAGGGGGAGGGGCAGGGGGGAGGCAAGGGGGGGUGGGCGGGGGGCAUUAUGGGCAGGAGCGGAUGCCUGGAGGGGGAGGGGGAGGGGCGUCAGGGGGAGGGGGGUAUGGAGGGGGCGGGGGAGGAGGGUAUGGGAGUGGCGGAGGGGGGAGGCAAGGGCAAGCUUAUGGGGGAGGAGGGGGGUAUGGGGGAAGAGGAGGAGGGGGAAGUGGAGGCGGAGGGAGUGCCAAUCGACCAGGGGGGCAUGGCGUCCAGUCUCUCUCUCUCUGCUCGCCCCUGCCCUUCCCCCAUCCCCUCUGGUUUCCCUCAUCUCCUCCCUUUCCCCUCACUUCACCUCAUUCCCACCGCUUCCCCCCAUCCGCUCCCCUCCCCCCCAUCCAUGUUGCUUACAUUCAUUCAUCCCCUCCUUGCCCCGCUCGUGCGCUCUCCUCCCGCAUCGCCUCGCAGGGUGGCGGCCGGUGCAUCGGGCAGCAGACCACUGCCCUACCCACCAGCGGCAGGGUACGUGGAUGUGGAUGCGCAGUGCAACCGCUAAGCCCCUCUCCCACCCCUCGUCCUUCCUUGCCUCUACCUCAUCCCUGCCCCCCCCCUUCCUGCCGCCACGCGUGCUCGCUGCCCUCGUGCCUGCAGGCGGGGUACGUGGAUGUGGAUGCGCAGUACAACCGCUCGUCACACGCCAUGCCUGCCCCGCACCCGCCGUACCCCCAUGGUGAAGGGCCGGCGGGGGAGAGGGGCGGUGGCGGGGGGAGUGGAGGGUCUUCGCCGCACCAUCCUUCUUACAGAGGGGGAGGAGGAGGGGGAGGGGGAGGGGGGGAUUACCGCGGGCAUUACUCCCACUCGCAGCGGUAG